CGACUCGUCAGUGCGGCCUGAACGGUUAACCGGCCUACUUCUCUCGCGCUCUGCUCGUUCUCUUCUCUACUCUCUCUCUCUUUUACGUUAUCUCCCGCGAUUGCGUCGGCCGUUAUCAAUCGCCGUAAAACGUUGGUGCCGUUCUCCCGACGAUUAUAUAUUAUUGUUAAUAAUUAUAUCCACAAACCUUCUCCUCUCCUCUCUGAAAUACGUCGAUAUUAUAUAUAUAUAUACGAAGCGUUCCAGAGAAAAAGAGAGAAAGAGAGAGAGAGAGAGAGGGAGAGAGAGAAAGAAAGAAAAAAGAAAAGAAAAAAAAAGAGAGAAAGAGAAAGACUUUGAAAGGUGUUACUACACAUCAACAUCGUACGAGUGGACGAUUCCUCGAUUGAACGAACAUCCUCCACUUUACUUCUUCGCUGACGUGAAAAGGAGCGUAUCGAGGUUCUUCUACUACUAUUAAGAGUAGGAAGGAAACGAAGAAAAUUAAAAGAAAUAAAAUAAUAAAAUAAAGACAAAAAGCAAAGAAAGAAAAGAAAAAGGACUCCUUGUAACCUCGUCGAGGCAUGCCGAGGAUCCGUACGAGGACCACCGAGGAUCGCGCGUAAAAGCUCGACACGAAACGAAAGACGCUCGAAGAGCCAGAAAAGGACACGAUGCCAAGGAGUCGUAGUUCAUUUCUCAGAGUCGAAGCACUGUUGCUGCUAAGUCUCGCCAUGCUCGUCCAACUCGACGUCUGCUGGUGUUCGCUGUCUCAUAGAAGCAGACAUCACGCUGAACUUUCUCACGAGGAAGUGAAAAAUUUUCGACAAGACGAACAACAUUAUCCAAGAGCAGAGGCACUUAGUUCGAAUCCUAACGAUGAUCCAUUGAUCGUUCAAACCAGGAAAGGCAAGGUCAGAGGAAAGACAUUAACGGCAACGACUGGAAAGGAAGUCGAUGCUUGGUUUGGCAUACCUUAUGCUCAGAAACCUUUGGGACCACUAAGAUUUCGACAUCCAAGACCGGCCGAACGUUGGAACGGUGUUCUCAAUACGACAACUUUGCCGAACAGUUGCGUCCAAAUUCUCGAUACGGUGUUUGGGGAUUUUUCAGGUGCCACCAUGUGGAAUCCAAAUACACCGUUGAGCGAAGACUGUCUCUACAUUAACGUGGUAGCACCGCGUCCAAGGCCUACUAACGCCGCUGUCAUGGUAUGGAUAUUUGGUGGUGGUUUCUAUUCAGGCACGGCCACGUUGGACGUUUACGAUCACAAAACGUUGGUUUCCGAGGAAAAUAUAAUUCUCGUAUCGAUGCAAUAUCGACUCGCGAGUUUAGGUUUUCUGUAUUUUGGAACAUCGGAUGUACCAGGUAACGCCGGUCUUUUCGAUCAAAUAAUGGCACUUCAAUGGAUACGCGAUAAUAUCGGUGCAUUCGGUGGUAAUCCUGACAACAUAACACUAUUUGGAGAAAGUGCAGGAGCUGUGUCCGUUUCGAUGCACCUUCUUUCGCCAUUGUCCAGGCACCUCUUCAAUCAGGCGAUAAUGCAAUCGGGUUCAGCGACAGCCCCCUGGGCUAUAAUCUCACGAGAGGAAUCGAUAGUACGAGGUAUCAGGCUAGCGGAAGCCGUUGGUUGCCCACACGAUCGGAAUAACUUGCAGGAGGUAAUCGAUUGCUUGAUCAUUAAGGAUCCAAAACAUCUGGUUGAAAGCGAAUGGGGUACAUUGGGUAUAUGCGAAUUUCCUUUCGUACCUGUUAUCGAUGGAACGUUUCUCGAUGAAACACCACAACGUUCAUUGGCUAGUUCGUCCUUUAAAAAGGCCAACAUUCUUAUGGGCUCUAAUACCGAAGAAGGCAUUUACUUUAUUAUAUAUUACCUUACCGAAUUAUUUCGAAUCGAUGGUACCGAGGACGUUAAAGUUACCAGAGAACAAUUUGUCAACGCUGUCUCGGAAUUGAAUCCUUACGUUAAUCAAAUAGGACGUAACGCCAUUAUAUACGAAUAUACCGAUUGGCUUCAUCCCGACGAUCCCAACAUCAAUCGGGACGCCAUAGACAAGCUCGUAGGCGAUUAUCAGUUUACGUGCAACGUCAAUGAAUUUGCUGGCCGAUACGCCGAUACAGAGAAUACCGUCUACAUGUACUACUACAAGCACAGAUCAACAAACAAUCCCUGGCCAAAAUGGACUGGAGUCAUGCAUGCCGAUGAGAUCAAUUAUAUAUUCGGCGAACCUUUAGAUUCUACUAAAGGAUACACGCAAGAAGAGAUCUUACUCUCAAAAAGGAUGAUGAAAUAUUGGGCCAAUUUUGCAAAAACCGGAGAUCCGAACGUUGGUGACUCGACCUCGUGGACGCUUCCUCAUUGGCCGACUCACACUGCCGCUAAGAAGGAAUAUCUCACUCUCGAGACAAACAAUUCUGAUGUUGGUUAUGGGAUCAGAACAAGACAGUGCGCGUUUUGGAAAAGAUAUCUUCCACAACUACUUGCAGAUACAUCGAAACUGGAAAUACCGAAAGAUUGCAG